UAUCACUUUAAUCUUUUGAAUUGAAAAUUAUCAAUUGUAAAUAUUUCAAAAGUUGAGUCAUGCAUGUAACUAAACCUAAACAAGAGAUCCACUUCGGCCGGGCAUAUUCGAAUAAACAAUAUCGUAUGGCAAAAUUCUGUGUCAUGGCUUUGAAUUACUCUUAUUGUUUAUACGAGUGAUGUAUUUCCUGUCUACUUCCAAAGGUUUAUUCAGUGUUCAACUCCCACCACAAGUAACUUUACUCAUAUCGCUCGUUCCUAAGCUCGGCCGAAGGUGCUCGAUAUCCCUGCCACUACUUACUGUAGGUGCAUACUUGACAGAAUUGACAGUACUCAGUCGUGAAGUGAUUUCAAAAAAGAAAGCAUCAGUGUUACUGCUUAGUAAGUGCUAUUUGAGCAAAGGCGUCUUUUCUUGAAUUCAGCAAUGCCUGGAUACAAGAAGUCCAAGCAGAAAAGGAGGCCUAGGAAGAAGCCGCAGGCCGCUGAAAAGAAGGAUGUUAACACCCAGAAGCCCAAGGCCAAACCAGAAGAUAUAUCAACUGCUUCUACUCCUGAAAUGAAGCUUCACGACAUCGAUGAAAGACAGCAUUCAACCUGGUAUGCAACAACCGAUGGUUCUGCUAUGGCUGCUACGUCUAGCGAUGUCCAAAGGGAGAGCUCCGAAGCUAUGAAUCCCGAUGAUGAUGAGUACAAGCAAGACGCUCUAUCAGAAAUUUCUGAUUUUAGUACUCGCUCUUCGGAAUUCGAAGUUCUCUGGAAGAAAUACCAAACCGGCGACGAGGCUGCACCAAAUGAAUCAAAACAGGGUAAAGAGGCCAAAUUUGGCUAUGAAUCUUCAGAUGGUGCUGCUGGCUUCGUCGAGAUGAGACGUUCCAAGAAAUACUUUGAUGAAACCACGCCGGUGCUUGGACCAAUGGCUGAAGCAGAAGAAUCACCAAUUAAAGCUGAAGACUCUCCCAAUGAAGAUCCAGAGAAGGUUAUGGAAUUGAUGAUGCCUGCGAAGAAAGUUGGUCACUAUUCGUUAACUAACAUUGGUAAAGAAAACGCUCAAAAGACACAUAGUAUUGCACCAUCUGGAGAUAUCGAACGUCCCGUAGGAGGAACUUCGAGGCAAAUGAUUCCAAAGACUAAGGCUUUGAAGGAUUCUAAAAAUGACGAAGGACCAAAAAAUACUUACAAUCCAGAAGAUAAACUGCAGGAUAAAUUAAAAUGUCUUGAAAAAACAGAUAACACCAAUGAUGUUGCUAAGAAAAGUUCUGGUGCAAUUGCUAAAAAAAUUGACGAAACAAGUGAUAAUACGAAUACUUGCAAAAAGAAGAAGAAGUCGAAUAAGAAAAAGAAGACUGCGCCGUUAAUCGAAGUAAAAUUUGAGAGCACAGAAGCCGUCAAUCCUAAAGAUGACAAACAGAAGUCUCUAUUAGAAACUUCUGAUAUUUGUACGCACUCUUCGGAGGACAAGGAAAAACCAAGUGCCGAAGUAGCUGCAUCGAACAAAAAUAAACAAGAUGAGACCGAAAAAGCUUUUGCAGAGAUGAGUUGUGCUAAAAAGCAUUCUGAAGACUCCCAAGAUGUGAGCAGCACAUCAUCAACACAGGAGCUGAUUGGAGAGUCUCAAGAACAAGCAGAUGCUACUGAAUUUCCAGACCCUCCCAUCGGCGAUCCAAGGAAACUUAUCAAAUGGGUAAUUUCUGGACAGAAAUUAGCUUGUACAUUCAAACUAAGUUCUUAUGCACCAAGAACAUUUGAUGAAAAAGACUCUACCGUCAAAGAGGAUACUUCAAAUAUAGAAAACAGUACAUCUACUGAAGAUAGUUCUACCGGAGCUACCAGUUCUAUUAAAGAAACUGCUCUAAAUGACGAAACCAAUAAGGAAAAUCCUUCUGAAGACACUAAUGAAGACAACGGACAACAAACUGUAUACAGCCCAGAAGAUAGAGCUGAAGAGCAAAAUGAAAUGAAAGAGGAAUUUACCAACACCAAUGAUGGUGUAGGAGAAGUUAAAAAGAAGAGUACGGAAAAUGCAAAUGAAGUGAAAUCUUGUAAAAAGAAGAAAUCUGAUAAGAAAAGUAAAUCUGGAAGUAUUAAUCCUGGGACCGAUAAGCUAAAGUCGGAGGCUCUAACAGGAAUGUCUGAUACCAGUAAGAAAUACCAGAUCGAAGAAGCAGAUGAAUCAAAUCAAAUUAAACAGGGUAACGGCAGCGAAUCUUCAGAUAUAGCUGUCAAUGGUGAGCAGAGAUGUGCCAAAAAAUACUCUAAUGAUACUGAAGAGAUACAGUGUAAAACAUCAUCGCCAGAUCCGGUAAGCGAGGUAGCAGGAUCUCAAGGUAGCGCAGUACCAAGUCCAGUCUCAUCAAACAACGAUCCAACUGAGGAUAGUGAAGAAUCUUCAAGACCUAAGAAUAUAAAACAAACCACUCCAAAUCAGCAAUUAAAUCUUUCUGAAAGUUCUAAGGGAGAUAAUAGAGAAGAGACCGUACAGCAGCCAGCAGACAAAGAAAAUAAAAAGAAAUCUCCUAAGACAAAGAGUUACCAUGAAGUUGUAACGAAACUUGAUAAUGGAAGCUCAUUAAAAAUCAACAAGAAAUGUUAUAAGAAAAAGAAGUCUUUGCCAAUAACCGAAGUCCAAAAGGACUCAGAAGUGAACAUGUCAAAGAAAGAUGAUCUUUUUAAGAAACACCAGACUGACGAUAAAGUUAUCCCAUCAAAAAAUAAAGAGGAAAACGAUGAAAAACUUGUCAGUGAAUCUUCUGAUGCUACUGGAAUCACUGAGAUGGAGUGUGACAAAAAAAUUUUCAAGGAUACAAAAGAUGCACAAAGCGCCAUAACGGAACCAAAGUCAAAAGUUGCAGAAUCUCCAGAUAAUGAAGAAUCUGACGAAGAAUAUCAUUAUAAUGACCCAGAGAAGGUAACUACAGAUGAUGUUGCUCUGGAACAUUCUGAUGAAGAAGAAAAAAAAUUAGAAGAAGAAAUCUUCAAAAGCAUGUUCGAUGUGAAAACGUGUAAGAAGAAAAAAUGUCAUAAGAAAAACAAGAGGCUCAUAAGAGAGCUUAAAAAAGUCGAUCUUGAAGCCACUAAACUUACGUGCAAGAAGCAAGACUCUCAACCAGAAGGCGAUCCAGCUUUGUUGAGUCAAAAUAAACAGGGUGAUGAUGCAGGAUCUUCUGAUGGUGCAGGUGUCGAUGAGUUGGCAUUUGCCAAAGAACAUUCAAAUGAUCCACAACAUACGGAGUUCACAGCAAGGGAUCCGACGGCUGAAGAUGCUGAAUCUUCAGGUAACUCGGAACCUGAUGAAGAACUUACAGAUACGUCAAUUGAAGCUCCAAAAAUGAUAAUACAACAAACAUUUCUUGACAAUUUUAAAAUAGAUCAGCAUGUGUCAAAUAUUAUAGUUAAUUACAAUAAGCAAAUCGUAACACCAACAGCAAAAAGUGAAAUUCAUAUAAAUCAGAGUACAUCAAAUGAAGAGCCAAACCCUCCUAAAGAAGAUAAUAAAAGAGAUAUAGCCUAUAACUCAGAGGAUAAAGGCGAAGAGCAGACCGAAAGUAAAGAAGAAUCUGACAAUACCAAUGAUAAAGCAUCAAAAAACUGCGAAGAAGUUUCAAAAGAAAAUAACCAAGGUACGAAGGACUUCUUCACAGUCAAAUCUUGUAAAAGUAUGAAGAAAUGGUGCAAAAAAAAGAAGAAUGCUUUGAGGAGUCCAAUCGGAAUGGACGCACAACCAUCUAAUAUUGCUGUGGAAAAACCUAUUAAAAAAUCUGAAAAAACGGAAGUAAACACUUCUGUAUCCAAAAAGAAGAAAAAGAAGAAGACUGCUAAGAAGAGUCCAAUCGACAUUGAUGCACAAAAUUAUAUUAGUGUUGUGGAAAAGUCCGAAAAUACGGAUGAAGAUACUUCUGUAUCCAAUACAUCUAUGACCGAGCGCCCAGGGACAUCUACUGAGAUAUAUACAGAGAAAACAGAUGAAUUUGCCAGCAAGAAUCGAAAACUUUCGCCAAAUGUAUACAUUCCUCCUCCAAGUGACAUCAAGCCGUUAAUCAUACAUGUUUCAAGCUCUUGCUCCUUCAGUACCAGCACCACCAGCAGCUCGUCUCCUACUUCUAACACCAAGGUAGUUAAUCUACAGCACAUAAAAAAACAGUUACUUAAGAUUCCUGCAUCUCGUAAGAAUAAAAAGCCAAAAAGACAUAAUACUGCAUCCACCUCAAAUGACCAUCCGUUGGAUGUUAAAAAUGGGGCCGUGACGAUACAGAGAUUCAAAAUUGUAGGAAUUCCAAGAGAAUACUGCACACCAUCCUAUAUUUCUAAAAUUUUGAAAACCCGAGAGUUUGGUAUGAACUUCUCAAAGCCAACUGAAGAGCUUCUCGUACGUGGUAACAGCGUUUUCAUCAAGACUGCCGAUCGCACACUUGGUGCUAAGAUCAAUAACUUCGGCAACGUGAUUGGCUAUCCCGUAAAAAUAUCUAAAGUUGCUGAAUAUAAAAUUCCAGAUAUUCAUUUUUCUUGCGUAAUCAGAGGUGUACAUAAGUCGAUUUCAGCAGAGGAGAUUUACAACGUCCUGCGCGGUGACAAUUUCAAGAUAAACAGAGUGUGCAGAAUUAUAUCAUCAAAAACCGGAAAUAUAACAAGAUUUAUACGUGUGAUUGCAUACAAUAAAAGAACGAUCGAGGAUUUAAUUAAAUACGGGGUGAAAAUAUUCGGCGAGUUAUACCGUUGUGAACCAUCCAACACUCCAGUAAAGAAGCAACAGAAGCCGAAAACACCAGAUCCCAUACCAGAAAUGCCUACUUUGAGUGCCCAGAUAUCAACCGAUCCUACCGGGAAUAAAGAGAUAAUGCGCAAUAUGACAAUGGCAUUGAUUGAUAAGAUUCCGCCAAACACUAAGAGCUUUCUUUUGAAGUUAGAGAAUGACGGAAAACGCAUUCAGAUUGGCAUUGCCGAUGCUCCAUUAGUAUUGGAUCCCAAAGAAUGGCCAACUUUACGUUAAGUACAUCCAUAGCCAAACCUACAAAUACAUCUAUAUAUAUAUAUAUGUUACGUGUCGAUGUCAAUUAACCGUAUGGGGCCUUAAAUCUUGUAUAAGGAACAUAAUAUUACUUCUUCUGAUUUACUUGAUUACUAACAAACAUAACAAAGCUGUCGAAUUUGGUUGAAGUAUAUAUUCUUAAAUAAUAUCAAAAUAUGUGUAAAUGUUCUUAAAAUUGCGAACAGUGCAAGUGGUGACAGGAAAAAAAGAGGAGAUAAAUGUAAAAGAUUGUAGCAUUAGAAUUUUUUUUCUAGCGAUUCUGAAAGUAUAUAUGGAUGAUCGCUAGAUGUUUCUUUCUUUCUG